ACGAUGACCCUGAGGAGACAGACGCUGCGUGCCACGCGCUGAGCGGAGCGGUCCUCAGCAGAUCACGCGCGACGUCGAGGAGUUCCCUCGCCUCCACCGUGAAAACGCCCCUCUACUCUCCUGCUAGCCCUUCCCCGACCGUGAGCCAUCCCUGCCGGCUUGUAGCCCGUCUGCUGUGCGCCCCCCGCGCCUCCCCCACCCCCCCCGUAUCCUAUCCUAUCCUCCCAGCCUGCAGGGCUGCAUCUCCCCGCGGCGAAGAGGCGCUUCUUUGGGGCGGUGGCGGUGUCCGUCUUCCAGCUUCCCCCCUGCGAUCUCAAUGGUCAAGAUCUGGACCGGAGCUUGACACCCGGAACCUGACAGGACAGGACUGCCAUCCGUUUCAAUGACAACAGAGAAGGCUUUGGCUGAGGAAAUGAGGAGCGCAAUGGAGGGCGACGCCAGGAGAGCCAAUCAGGUUCCAGAGGAUCACGGGGAAGACGAUAGCUCCGAGAAGACGCCCAGCAAAGCCUCCAAAUCCCCCCAGAAGACCACCAAGCACCGGCCCAAGACCGUCCCCGUCAAAGUCACCCUGCUCGACGGCUCAGACUACGAGGCCGCAGUUGAGAAAUUUUCAAAGGGCCAGACCCUGCUGGACAUGGUGUGUGGCCAUCUGAACCUGCUGGAGAGGGACUACUUUGGCCUGACUUUCCAGGACACGGACAACUCCAAGAAUUGGUUGGAUCCCUCCAAAGAGAUUAAGAAGCAAAUACGAGUUGGUUCGUGGAUUUUCGGAUUUUCUGUUAAGUUCUACCCUCCGGACCCGUCUGUGCUCAUUGAAGACAUCACCAGGUACUACCUGUGCCUGCAGCUGAGGGACGACAUCCUGUCCGGUCGCCUGCCCUGCUCAUUCGUCACUCACGCCCUUCUUGGCUCCUACACCGUCCAGGCCGAGCUGGGAGACUACGAGCCGGAGGAACACGGCCCCGACUACGUCAGCGACUUCCGCUUCGCGCCCAACCAGACACGUGAGCUGGAGGAGAGAGUGAUGGAGCUGCACCAUAACUACAGGGGAAUGAGUCCUGCAGAGGCUGAGGUGAACUUCCUGGAAAAUGCCAAGAAGCUCUCGAUGUAUGGAGUGGACCUGCAUCAUGCUAAGGAUUCGGAAGGAAUCGACAUAAUGCUCGGCGUGAGCGCCAAUGGUCUGCUCAUCUACCGAGACCGCCUACGGAUCAAUCGAUUUGCCUGGCCAAAAAUCCUCAAGAUCUCCUAUAAAAGAAGCAACUUCUACAUCAAGAUCCGCCCAGGAGAGUACGAACAGUUUGAGAGCACCAUAGGCUUCAAGCUGCCCAACCACCGGGCCUCGAAGCGACUGUGGAAGGUCUGCAUUGAGCACCACACCUUCUUCAGGUUGGUUUCCCCAGAGCCGCCUCCCAAGGGCUUCCUGGUGAUUGGCUCCAAGUUCCGCUACAGCGGGCGGACCCAAGCCCAGACCAGACAGGCCAGCGCUCUGAUUGACAGGCCUGCCCCACAGUUCGAUAGGUCUGUUAGCAAGAGGUACCUGCUGCCCCGGAGCAUCGAUGGAGCCUCAGCCCUGGGCGACAGUAUGGACCAGCUGUCGCAGCGCAGCUCCAGUGAGCGCACACAGUUCAUGUCGAGAGAAGACCUGGACCAAGAGGGCAGUCUGGACCUGGACCACGAACAGUACCACUAUCACGACCAGGACCAGGACCAGUACACGGAUCAGGAGCUGGAGCAGCAUGACCUUCAGGACCAAGAUCAGGGUCAGAGGCAGACUCAGGGUGCCAACAUGUCAACGCCCACCAAGACUUUGGAGCUUAAGGGUGAGGAGGCAGGCUCGCCUAUUGACUCAAAACCAGAGGAUCUGGCCACCCCUCGGCACAAACAGGAGCAGUUCCUGGAUAAGCCAGAAGAUGUGAUACAAAAGCACCAGGCCAGCAUCAACGAGCUGAAGAGGGCUCUGAGGCAGCCCAACAGCAAGAUGGCCCAGAGGGAGAAACGCCUCUCCUCAGUUACUCCUCCUGGAGGAACCCCCGAGCGCAAACAAGCGACCGGUGAGACCAAAUUGAUUGACAAGCAGGAUGCUUAUGAAGGAGCGCUGGACUCUAAACUGGAAAAGAGUAAGAGCUCCUCUGUGGGUAGAGGCGCAUUCUCUGUGACGCCCCGGACUGAAGCAAAUGUGAACACUUGUCAGACACCCAGGGACUCUUUAAAAUCUAGACCCGGAACGUCUCCCAAACAGGAAACAGACUUUAAAAAAACAGGACAAACUGACGUGAACCCGAUGGACAAAAUGGUAGCAGCUAACGGGCAUGUCGAUUCUGUACUAGGGAGGAACGUCUUUCACGAAAACGGGUAUGGAUCUUCACCUGACAAACAGAGGAGCGCGACGAUCAGCAGAGAUCCGAGGCAUUGUCAGUAUGAGUCUCAUCAAGAGAUACCGAAGGCUUUUGAAACUCCGGCGGCUGUCGAUUCUCUCCCACAGGGCAACAGCACUAGAACUGAGAGUGACGCGAUGCAUUGUGAGAAGAUUGAAGACCAGAGCCCUACAGGAGCGAGAGAUUACAGCAAAACAGGGAGCUCGCACUCAGAAGUUGCCAAAAUAGUGCCUCUCAAGCCGCAGCGGUCAAAGAAGUCUUUGAAUAAAGAGAACAAAGGUGCGCACCCUCAAACUCAAAGCCAGUACGAAAGAGGCGUCUCCGCUGCGACGGGGGACGUACACAUGACACAAUCAAAAGAUGGAUUCUGUGAGUCAGGAAGGAGAGGGGACGAUAAUACUGUAGCGCAGUCUGCCACAGAAGUUGUCAAGGAAAAUGCAGGUGCUGCCAGAUACCGCGAGGAAGCCGCCACGUCGCAUCAGCAGCAGCCUCUGCAUCAGCAGAUCAAGAAGGAGCUGACGGCGGGACAAAGUCAUUGGACGAGAGGAAGCAUGGUGCACGACGACCAUUUUCAAAACUCGGAGUUCAAAGAGAUCCUCCUCUCAGGCCCCAGAUUCCCACCAACAGCUCCCCCCCGGACUCUCCCUCUGAAGACACAGUGGUCCCGAGACAGACAGAGCAACAUGGAUAACAGCCACGUCCACCACAGGACGCCCGGCCAAGAAACAGCCAAGAGGAAGCAAGCGGAGACACCUCCCACACCUGCUAUCCAUGAGGAGCCUCUCUACGAAGCUUCAAUGGAACCGUGGGAGAGACGUCUGGGCUCCGUCUCAGAGGACGACCAGGACCACGAGAUCCUGUACAUGAAGGAAACCCACCUGGGCAUCGAGCGUAAAUGUUCCAGCAUCACGGUCAGCUCUACGUCCAGCUUGGAGGCCGAAGUAGAUUUCACCGUCCUCACCGACCUGCACACGGGGAUGGAGGAGUUCUCCCGGGGCAUGUCGGAGCUGGGAGACAGGGAUCUGUCACCUGACGGGGGUCUGUGCUUUGGCAUCGACUAUCUUCAGCAGCAGGGCCCGUCUGAACCGCCUCCUCCAUUAGUGUCCGCACCUCUGUCCAGAGGAGCCAGCAGCAGCCCUCCGGCCAAACACACCCAGUCUGAAGAAGUCCGACCAGAGGUCAAACAUGGGCAGCCUGUGGUCCCCAAAAAACCAAAGAGGUCAGUGCCAGUGUCGUCGUCGGUGGACAGAGAUCAUUCGCACAGGGAAGCCGGUCGCAUCUCUGCUGUCACCCCGCUGAGCCGGGAGGCCAGUGACGUCAUGCCCACACCCACGGUGAGGAAGACGGACGUGAGGACGGAGACUCAGCCGAACGGGUCGGAAGUCACCACGACCAUCGUGGAGUUCACAGACCAGGAUCACGGUAUAUCUGGCCUGAGUGAAGUUUCUUACUCUACGAGACAGAGCGUCUCCCCUGUGCACAUGGGCAGUCUUGGAAGGGAGGCGUCAGGGUCGCCCAUCCUCGUCACUGAAAACGUUACCUCGGCAACCACCCAUGUCACCAAGACGGUGAAAGGAGGAUACUCAGAGACAAGGAUCGAGAAGAGAAUCAUAAUCACGGGAGAUGAUGAUGUAGACCAGGAACAGGCUCUGGCUAUUGCAAUACAGGAAGCCAAGCAGCAGCAUCCCGACAUGCAGGUGACCAAGGCGGUCGUUGUCAGGGAAACAGAGUCGUCCACUGAGGAUCGACAUGGUGCGUCAGAGUCCUGAUUUCCUGAGACGAGAGUGCCCCCCUUUGGACCAGAAGUGUCAGUGCCCUAGUAUCUGAAAAUUGCCACCCACGAUCCCCGACUGAUUACUGCCAGUGGCGCUCAAAUGGAGCCUCUUGUGCACAUUCACACGACAUAAAAAGACUCCUUUUAAAGUGUUUUGUUUUCAGUUUCAUCCAAGCAUUUCAUCACUGAAACCAGUCACGUCCAGCAAGUUGGUCUGGUCCUCAAGCGGUCGACAGCGCGCCACAAGAAGUUCAAACAUCUGGAGCAAUUAAAGAGAUAAUCCAACUAAAUUCCCUGUAAACCUCUCAGGGCCUCCACGUUCAAAACACUUGCUUAAGUAUUCCUCAAAGGUCAAGGGGACUUGGUGCAGGAGGGGUUUGUUUAGAUAAUCUGUGCACUCAUUCACACUGUGGAUUAAUCCAAAGUCGUGCUGACAGUUUGAUUCUUUUGGAAUAUGGGACAAAGAGAUGUUCACAUGCAUAUGUCUUCUACAUGUCUGUCCUGCUGUACUGAAUAACACGAUGUUAUCAGAUC